AGCAAGCUUGUGUGUUCUCACCGUCAGUCAGUCUUACACCGGGGGUGAAAAGCUGCUGAGACAGUCCCAGGAACAGGCGUCACUCCUUAGAUCUUCCUUACAUUACUGAGGCUAGUUACCUGGGCUCGUAAAAACCUGUGUCACCUGCCCACGGAGCCUUUCCACGGCACCCCCUUCAGCCAGAUGGUUGUGUUUGUGUGGAUAAGUUAAGCAUUGGCUGGGGACCUGGGUCAUUAUUAAGGUUUUCUGUUUGUCCUCUAAAACUGCAGCAGAUACUUGCAGGGCUUAAGAAAGGAAUACAGAGACAUGCUUAAAAAUGUCUGACAAAAUGUCGAGUUUUCUUCACAUUGGGGAUAUCGUCUCCCUCUAUGCGGAAGGGUCCGUUAAUGGCUUCAUCAGCACUCUGGGAUUGGUAGAUGAUAGAUGUGUGGUACAACCAGAGACGGGAGAUCUCACAAAUCCUCCAAAGAAGUUCCGAGAUUGUCUCUUCAAAGUGUGCCCUAUGAAUCGUUACUCAGCACAGAAGCAGUUCUGGAAAGCAAAGCAAGCUAAGCAAGGAAACACUGAAGACCCAUUAUUGAAAAAACUGCAGCAUGCAGCAGAACUGGAGCAAAAACAGAAUGAAUCUGAGAACAAGAAGCUUCUGGGUGAAAUAGUUAAAUACAGCAAUGUAAUACAGUUACUGCACAUUAAAAGCAACAAAUACCUCACAGUCAAUAAAAGACUGCCAGCUCUGCUAGAGAAAAAUGCAAUGCGGGUGUCCCUGGAUACAGCAGGCAAUGAAGGUUCAUGGUUCUACAUCCACCCAUUCUGGAAAUUAAGAAGUGAAGGAGACAAUGUGGUCGUAGGAGAUAAGGUGGUUUUAAUGCCUGUCAACGCAAGUCAGCCUCUCCACGCCAGUAAUAUAGAACUGACUGACAACCCUGGCUGCAAAGAGGUGAAUUCGGUGAAUUGUAAUACCAGCUGGAAAAUAACACUGUUCAUGAAAUUUAGUGACUAUCGGGAAGAUGUUUUGAAGGGGGGCGAUGUAGUUAGAUUAUUCCAUGCCGAACAAGAGAAAUUUCUAACCUGUGAUGAGUACCUAAAGAAGCAAAGAAUAUUUCUGAGAACAACUUUGCGACAAUCAGCAACAUCGGCAACCAGCUCAAAAGCAUUGUGGGAAAUUGAGGUUGUGCAUCAUGACCCAUGUAGAGGUGGAGCUGGCCAUUGGAACAGUCUUUUUCGAUUUAAGCACUUGGCAACAGGAAACUACCUUGCAGCAGAACGUAAUCCAGAUUUUCGAGAUGAAACUGCUGAAAGCAAAGAACCUGGAGUACGAGAUAUCCUUACCUCUAAGAAGAAGUGGCAGGCAGAAGAAAAGAUUGUUUAUACACUGGUUUCAGUACCACAUGGGAAUGAUAUUGCUUCUCUGUUUGAGUUGGAUGCUACUACACUUCAAAGAGCAGACUGUAUGGUUCCAAGGAAUUCUUAUGUGAGACUUCGACAUCUUUGCACAAAUACAUGGGUGACUAGUACAAACAUUCCUAUAGAUACUGAAGAAGAAAGGCCUGUUAUGUUAAAAAUUGGAACAUGCCACACAAGAGAAGACAAAGAAGCAUUUGCCAUUAUUUCAGUUCCUUUGUCCGAAGUUCGAGACUUGGACUUUGCCAAUGAUGCAAAUAAGGUUUUGGCAGCAACAGUUGAGAAGCUGAAUAGUGGCACAAUAACGCAGAAUGAGAGGAGGUUUGCAAUUAAACUUCUGGAAGACCUAAUAUUCUUUGUUGCCGAUUGCCCGAACAAUGGACAGGAAGUACUCAGUGUGGUAAUUACAAAGCCAAACAGGGAAAGGCAAAAACUAAUGAGAGAACAAAAUAUUUUGGCUCAGAUAUUUGGAAUACUCAAAGCUCCAUUUAAUGAUAAAAAGGAAGAUGGACCAAUGCUAAGACUUGAAGACUUGGGGGAUCAGAGAUAUGCUCCUUUCAAAUACAUGUUAAGGCUGUGCUACCGACUCCUCCGGCACUCACAGCAGGACUACAGGAAAAACCAGGAAUACAUUGCCAAGAAAUUUUACAUCAUGCAGUCGCAGAUUGGUUAUGACAUACUGGCAGAAGACACCAUCACAGCUUUACUGCACAACAACAGAAAACUUUUGGAGAAACAUAUCACUGCAAAGGAAAUUGAAACAUUUGUUAAUCUGCUGAGGCGGAAUAGAGAACCAAGAUUCUUGGACUAUUUAUCUGAUCUGUGUGUAUCAAAUAAAGCUGCUAUCCCGGUAACACAGGAGCUCAUCUGUAAAUUCAUGUUAAGUCCUGGAAAUGCUGACAUUCUCAUUCAGACAAAAUUUGUGUCGACACUGACAGAUAUGCCAUUGGACUGCUCAAUGCAACAGGAUGAAGCUGAAGAGGAGGAAGUUUGGCUCUACUGGAUCGACCAUAAUAAGGAACCUCAUGGCAAGACUAUUAGACAGCUUGCAUUAGAAGCUAAGGAGGAGAAUAAAGCUUCCACAGAAAUCCUUACAUACUAUAGGUACCAACUAAACCUGUUUGCAAGGAUGUGUCUUGACCGACAGUAUCUCGCCAUAAAUCAGAUUUCAACCCAGCUGUCUGUAGAACUGAUUCUUCACUGUAUGGCUGAUGAGAGUUUACCCUAUGACCUGCGUGCUUCAUUUUGUCGCCUGAUGCUGCACAUGCAUGUGGACCGAGAUCCCCAGGAAACAGUGGUCCCAGUUCGUUAUGCCAGACUUUGGUCAGAAAUUUCUAGUGAAAUAUCGAUAAAGGGAUAUGAUUCCUUCACCGAAAGCUCAAAAGACAUGAUGAAAAGAAUGUUUGCAAAUACCAUGGAUUUUGUGGAAGCUUAUCUUAAUGAUGUCGUCAACCAGCCUUUUCCAUUUGGAGAUCCAGAGAAAAAUAAGCUAACAUUUGAGGUUGUACAUUUGGCUCGCAACCUCAUUUACUUUGGUUUCUACAGUUUUAGUGAACUACUAAGCUUGACUAGAACACUGCUUCACAUUUUGGAUAUUGUCCAGAACCCUAUGAUGCCUUCAUUCCUUGAGAGAUUAAACAAGCUACCAGAUGGUGGAAAUACUGUCAUGAGAACAAUACAUGGUGUGGGAGAGAUGAUGACACAGAUGGUACUCAGCAGGGGGUCUGGUCUCCCGAUAAGUCAGCCUGACUCUCAAGCAGUCCACAAUUUAGGCAAGCAGGUGACGUCUUCUGAUGAGGAUGUGACUGUAAUGGACACCAAACUGAAAAUCAUCGAAAUACUGCAGUUUAUCCUCAGUGUGCGACUGGACUACAGGAUAUCAUACCUACUCUCCAUUUACAAGAAAGAAUAUGAGGUCGCAAAUGGUUCAGUUGCAUCUCUAGACACACCCAUCUCAUUAGGAUUUGAUCCUGAUAAAGAUGAAAUUGUAGCCCAUGCAGAUACCAUGUUUGCUGGAAGCAGUAAAGACAACCAGCCAGUUGAACUGGAUGAAGAAAAUGGCAGAACAUUCUUGAGGGUACUUAUUCACUUAAUAAUGCAUGACUACCCUCCUCUGGUGUCCGGAGCUCUUCAUCUACUCUUCAAGCACUUUAGCCAAAGAGCAGAGGUUCUUCAGGCUUUUAAACAGGUUCAGUUACUAGUAUCUAAUCAAGAUGUCGAAAACUACAAGCAAAUUAAGGCAGACUUAGACCGGUUGCGGUUGACUGUAGAGAAAUCUGAACUCUGGGUUGAAAAGACCUCCAGUUAUGGAAGUGAAGAGAUGGGAGAAAACCAUGCAAAAGGAAGUGAUGAACAAAUUAAUGAGGAUCCUGGCCCUUUAACCCCUGCACAAGAUGGCAACAAAAUUCCUCAAAUCGACAAGAAAAAGAGCAAUAAUUACAAGAUAGUGAAAGAGAUUUUGACUAGACUGAACAAGCUGUGUUUACAGAACAAAAAGGAAAGAAGCCAACAGCAACGUUUGUUGAAGAAUAUGGGUGCCCAUACUGUAGUGUUAGAUCUGUUACAGAUCCCCUUUGAAAAGACCGAUGAAAAGAUGAAUGAAAUUAUGACGGUAGCCCAUACUUUUCUCCAGAAUUUCUGUGCAGGGAAUCCACAAAAUCAAAUUCUACUCCAUAAGCAUUUCAAUCUGUUCUUACAUCCUGGUCUUCUUGAAGCUGAAACAAUGAGACACAUCUUCAUGAACAAUUAUCAUCUGUGCAAUGAGAUCAGUGAUAGGGUGGUACAACAUUUCGUACAUUGUAUAGAGACCCAUGGCCGACAUGUGCAUUAUCUCAAAUUUUUGCAGACCAUUGUGAAAGCGGAUUCCAAGUAUGUGAAGAAAUGUCAAGACAAAGUUAUGACUGAGUUGAUCAAUGCUGGUGAAGAUGUUUUGGUAUUUUAUAAUGAUCGAGCAUCAUUUCCAGUCCUUGUCCAAAUGAUGCGCUCUGAACAAGAAAGAGCUGAUGAAAAUGGAGCCCUGGCCUAUCACAUUAACUUAGUGGAAUUAUUAGCGGCAUGCACAGAGGGGAAGAACGUUUAUACGGAGAUAAAGUGCAAUUCUCUUCUUCCGCUUGAUGACAUUUUGAGAGUGCUCGUUCAUGAAGACUGCAUACCUGAGGUGAAGACUGCCUAUGUGAACUUUGUUAACCACUGCUAUGUGGAUACAGAGGUAGAGAUGAAGGAAAUAUACACCAGUAACCAUAUCUGGAAUCUGUUCGAGACGUUCCUCAUUGAUAUGACCAGAGUUUGUAACACAACAACAGACAGGAAACAUUCAGAUACAGCUUUGGAAAGAUAUGUUACCGAUACUGUAAUGAACAUUGUUGGUGCUUUCUUCAACUCUCCAUUUUCUGACAAUAUAACAAGCGUACAGACACAUCAGCCAGUUUUUAUCCAGUUGUUACAGUCUGCUUUCAGAAUUUAUAAUUGUAGCUGGCCAAGCACAGUGCAGAAGAGCUGUGUAGAGUCCUGCAUUAAAACCCUGGCUGAUGUAGCAAAGAAUCGUGGUAUAGCAAUUCCAGUAGACCUGGACAGCCAAGUGAAUACACUUUUCAUGAAGAAUCAUGCAAACAUGGUACAGAGGGCAGCCAUGGGGUGGAGGAUGUCUGCUCGUGGUGGGCCUCGCUUUAAAGAUGCACAAGGAGGACCUGCCUUGGAUUGUCGACCAAUCAUCGAGAAACUUCAGGCAGUUGUCUCUUCCCUGGAACGUCAGUUCAGUCCCAUGGUGCAGGCUGAAUUUUCAGUGCUGGUUGAUGUGCUGUACAGCCCACAACAUCUAUUUCCUGAUGGAAGUGAAGCUAAAACACGCUGUACAGCUUUCCUGUCCAAAUUAAUUUCACACACAAAAAAGCUAAUGGAAAAAGAAGAAAAACUCUGUGUUAAAAUUCUUCAGACAUUAAGAGAAAUGCUAAACAAGAAGGAAACCUUACGAGAACAGGCUGCUGCUUUGAGGAAACUUCUUCUUGAUCAGUAUUUUCGCAGCUCAAAAGGAGAGUAUGGAGCAAACAUAAACGGUCCAUUAUCUACAGCAGCAUAUAGUAAAGCUUCCCAAACUGGAGGUGGCUCUUCAGGACAAGAUUCAGACAAGAGUGAAGCAUCCAUGUAUGAUAUUCAGUGCCAGCUGGACAGAGAGGGGGCAUCGCAACUUGUAAUAGAUUUAAUAGUGCUUACCAAAAAUGAUCGCAUAUUCACUGAAUGUAUUUUGCUUGGAAUUGCAUUACUGGAAGGAGGGAAUACCCAAAUUCAGAAAUCAUUUUAUAAACAGCUGUAUGAAGAGAAGAAAUCAGAAAAAUUCUUCAAAGUUUUCCAUGACCGUAUGAAGGCCGCUCAACAGGAAAUAAGGGCAACGGUGACAGUGAACACCACCGACCUAGGAAGUAAAAAAGAUGAUGAAGAUGAUUCAGAUGUUUUACCUCUUCCUAGAAAACGAGGACAUGAGCAAAGAAUACAGUUAAAGGAAGAAAUGAAAGAACAGCUUACAGAAGCCUCUGCUGCAACCUCCAAAGCGUAUUCAGCAUACCGAAAGGAGACCGACCCAGAAUUGGAAUCCUUGUCUUCGGGCCAGGAUUGUGGAUCUUCAUGUAAUGAAGAGAAGGAAGAUGCAGACAUGAACCCCAUUAUAGGAAUCAUGAAGCCUAUUUUAAGAUUCCUUCAGCUGCUUUGUGAAAACCAUAACAAGGAACUCCAGCAUUUCCUGCGGAACCAGAACAACAAAACAAACUACAACUUAGUGUGUGAAACCCUUCAGUUCCUGGACUGCAUUUGUGGCAGCACUACAGGAGGUCUUGGCCUGCUGGGACUCUAUAUAAAUGAGAGGAAUGUAUCACUUAUCAACCAGACAUUGGAGAGUUUGACAGAGUACUGCCAAGGUCCAUGUCAUGAAAACCAGACCUGCAUUGCUACCCAUGAGUCAAAUGGAAUUGAUAUUAUUAUUGCACUAAUUCUGAAUGACAUAAAUCCUCUGGGAAGAUACCACAUGGAUCUGGUGUUGCAGCUUAAGAAUAAUGCAUCAAAGCUGUUGCUUGCUAUCAUGGAAAGUCGACAAGAUAGUGAAAAUGCUGAAAGAAUCUUGUACAAUAUGAGACCAAAUGAACUGGUAGAUGUCAUUAAAAAAGCAUACAAACAAGGAUUAAGCAAUGACAGUGACAGUAGGUUUGGAGAAGAAAAUGUGUCACCAAAGGAUGUUGGUCAUAACAUCUAUAUUCUGGCGCAUCAGUUGGCUUGUCAUAACAGAACAUUACAAGGUAUGCUGAAGCCAGGUUCUGACCCAGGGGAUGGUGAUGAGUCUUUAACAUAUUAUGCCAACCACACUGCCCAGAUUGAGAUUGUACGCCAUGAUAGGACAAUGGAGCAGAUAGUCUUCCCUGUUCCGAAUAUUUGUGAAUAUCUGACACAAGAAUCUAAAUGUCGGGUGUUUAACACUACAGAAAGAGAUGAUCAAGGCAGCAAAGUGAAUGACUUUUUUGUACAAAGUGAAGAUCUCUACAAUGAAAUGAAAUGGCAAAGGAAAAUCAGAAAUAACCCAGCAUUGUUUUGGUUCUCCAGGCACAUCUCUCUUUGGGGCACCAUAUCGUUCAAUCUUGCAGUGUUCAUUAAUUUAGUUGUUGCUCUCUUUUAUCCAUUUGGAGAUGAUGGAGAUGAAGGAACAAUCUCUCCACUGUUUUCCAUUGCACUUUGGAUCGCACUGGCAAUAUCUACUGCUAUGCUCUUUGCAUUCUCAAAGCCCAUUGGUAUUCAACCCUUUAUAGUAACUGCAAUAUUUAGGUCAAUAUACACACUUGGACUUGGGCCUACUUUGAUACUUCUGGGUGCUGCUAAUCUCCUGAAUAAAAUAGUAUUCUUGGUGAGCUUUGUUGGAAACCGUGGCACUUUUACACGGGGUUACAGAGCCGUCAUCAUGGACAUGGAGUUUCUCUACCAUGUGUUGUAUGUGAUCGUCUGCAUAUUGAGCUUGUUUGUCCAUGAAUUCUUUUACAGCUUUCUGCUCUUUGACCUCGUGCAUAGAGAGGAGACGUUGCUGAACGUUAUUAAAAGUGUCACUCGUAAUGGCAGGUCCAUUAUUCUGACAGCGGUGUUGGCCCUUAUUCUUGUCUACCUCUUUUCCAUCAUCGGAUUUCUUUUCUUCCAGCCUGACUUUAUUAUGGAUGUGGAACCAGCAUUUAAACCAGAUAAGUCGUGUGACACUACAGUGCAUUCAUUAGCAAGCCUAUCUGGAAAAGAACAUCACGAUGAGCAGUCAACAUGUAGUGCAGAUAACGUUGUGAAUGAGAGAACUUGCGACACACUUCUAAUGUGCAUUGUUACAGUAUUAAACCAUGGCCUGCGAAAUGGUGGUGGAGUAGGAGAUGUUCUAAGGCCCCUUUCAAAACAUGAGCAACUGUUCCCAGCUCGAGUUGUGUACGAUUUGCUCUUCUUCUUCGUAGUCAUCAUCAUUGUUCUAAACUUGAUUUUUGGUGUCAUCAUUGAUACAUUUGCUGACCUAAGAAGUGAAAAGCAAAAGAAGGAGGAGAUUCUCAAGACGACUUGUUUUAUAUGUGGGCUCGAAAGAGACAAAUUUGACAACAAAACUGUUUCCUUUGAGGAACACAUAAAAUCUGAACACAGUAUGUGGCACUAUUUAUACUUCAUAGUCCUAGUCAGAGUUAAGGACCCGACUGAAUACACUGGACCCGAAAGCUAUGUUGCACAGAUGAUUAAUGAGAGAAACUUGGAUUGGUUCCCACGGAUGCGUGCCAUGUCACUUUUUAGCAAUGAAGGUGACAAUGAACAGAAUGAAAUAAGAGUUCUGCAGGAUAAGCUGGAAUCAACAAUGAGUCUGGUCUCACAGUUAUCAAGUCAGCUUGCCGAACUUAAAGAACAGAUGACAGAGCAAAGAAAGAACAAGCAGAGGCUUGGUUUUCUUGGAUCCAACACACCUCAUGUGAAUAAUCACAUGACUUCGCACUAAUGCUGUACCUUGGGGAUGGAUGUUGGGAAUACAGUACAGGUAUUCAUCAGCAGUGUCUCACUGGAUGAUGACAGAAAUCAGGAUCGUGAAAAGUGCCUUUUUAAUCAAAGCAUAAAAAAGACUUCCUUUGACAAGUAUCUAUGCUGUAUACAGAACUGUUUUGAAAGGUUUCGUUUUUUCGUGGUUGGCUGGACCAAAAAGUACACAGUGGCUUUUUAUUAGCCUCAUCUGAACACAACUGUGAUACCUCUUCCCUUUCAGUGUGUGUGAGAGAGAGAGAGGGGAAUUGUGUAGAAGUGUUUUUAACAGCCUGUCAGAGGUUUUAAGUGUGAGUAAAGUGUAUAAUUUUAAGAUGUUUUAUUUUUGUUUUCAAGGAUAUUUGUGUAUAAACCAUUGGGUUUGUGGUUUAUUUUUAUACUGGAUGGUAAGUGACAUUACUAUGAAGUGUACCCACAGUAAUACAAUGACAGCUGCCUUAUUAUCUUUUUUUUGGAUAGCUUCAUUUCUUAUGCAGAAUUCAAGGGAAAGUUGGGAAGUGCUGGAUUUGAUUUACUUUUACCAUGAACAUGUGGAUCUCAAAGCAUGCAGAAUAUAACUGGAAGUCAUUCUUUCCAUGAGUGAUUGGAUGACUAAAAUGGUCUUUGGAGCAGGGGAAGAGGUUCAAUAUGAUCUUAACUGCUACUACAGAUACGCUUUUAAGUGGGUUAAAAGAAUUUUAUAUAGUCCUUGGAGGCCAAAAACUGUUUUUACUUUUCAGAUAUUGAACACUGUUAUGUUGAUCAUUGAAGUCUGGGAGUUUAGCACAUAGAAUUAAGGCUAUGAGCUGCUAAUGUGUUUCAUCCUGGGUUUGAUUCCAUCAGUCCCCACUUGUCUGUUAUGUGACUAUGAGCUCAUCACUUAAUUGGACAGUGCUUCUUGACCCACAGAAAAAAAUGGGCCUCAACCCAUUUAGCAUAAUCUAUAAAUAAAAUUAAUUUUUACUAAAAAAGAAAUAAGUUUAGGCUCAGAGGUACUGACUAUGCAACCAUACAUUUAGAACAAUAUAAUCGUUGUGCUGCAAAACCCUCAACAUGUGUCCAACUUUAGUUUGACAUACAUGUUUUAGUAGCCAGUUAAAUAUGUGAAAGUGGACUGAUUUUGAAGUUUUGAUAAACAAGAAAGGUUAGAAUGAGGGUUUUGCAGCCUGUGCCCCAACUGAAGGGUUUUCUACCAUAUCCAUAAACUUUUUUUUAAUCAUUACUUACUAAUGUUUCUAGCUUGCACUUUAAAUGCGGUUUAUACAUGUAAGUUAUACAUAAUUAACAGUACUACUUAAACUGGGAAUAAAGUUUUUCCAGGCACUACUACUAGGUUUCAAAACAUGGCUUAUAGAAAAGAUGUAUGCAGGGAAUCUAUGAGCAAAGCAGUAAAUAUGUGUAGCAGUAGGCAUUAGUAAUACCACUCUUGAACACAAAAUUAACUGCAGCAGGUCAUUCUACAGGUUUUGAACCCCCUUAAUGAAAUAUGUUGGAUCAAAUGUGCAUUCUGAUUGGUUUAUACAGGUCAGGUGGACACAUAUUUCCCAGUAUGUGCACUAAAAUUUUUAAACUUAUUUAUGUGCUUCCCAAAACAAAAGAAGUUUCCAUUAAAUCAGCAGAGCAUCAUAAUGUUUUUAUGUAGUAUUUUGCUUGCAUCAGACCAAAAUAUAUAUGUUGCAGUUUGACAAUCUUGCACACUUGUGAGCAAAUAAUGAUGAAGUUUGGCAGUAUUUUGAGAAGUUCUGCACAUAUGUCAUAGCGAGUUAAUAUUCAUUUUAUUUUGUCAUCAUUAUAUGUGAGUGAAGCACAGAUGUUGGCAUCUACUGUUUUCAGUACACAGUAAUAUUUUCAACCUUAAGACCAUGUGUUUUUCAAAUUGAUAAAACUGAAAAUUUUAGGCUUCAUACAUAUUAUGCCUGCAAAAUUCUUAGAUUGCCCCUUACCGCACAUCUGCACAAACCUUUAAGACAGGAGUACUGCCCUCCUUUCUGUGAAAGCUCAACACGUAAUUGAGCAGUAGUUGAUUUAAUAUGCAGUUGUGAUUUUCAAGUGAUGCAUUAGUCACAUGAGGGAAGUACUGACCUUCAGACAUGAGCAGGGUGUAGCCAGGCAUACCCCAUGUAUUCACCUGAGUUUUUUUAUUAAGGUUGCCAGAGCCCAGAAUAUCAUGCAACUGUCUUAACCAAAAUCUAAAUAAUGUCUAAAACUACACUUAACUGUACACAACACACUCUGAAAAGGAAUAUUCCUGUAAAGGGGCUUUUUUCUCUGACUGUAGGGGCAAGGGAUGAAAUGUAUGUAUGGGUAUUUCAUAGGUGGGUGGUGGUGACAGCAAACUGAGGUUGGAGAAUAAAACAAAAUAGAAAUUUCUGGCUACACCCCAGUCUUGAGAAGGAUUCAGCCACAUAAGUCGGUGUGUAUGAUAUGUAUGUUGUUAAUACACUGAGAAUCUGAAUCCUGGGUGUAGUUUUACUUGUAUCAGUGACAUAUUUGUAUAGAAAAAAUAAUUACACUUGCUCUCAGUGUGAAUCUUUUGUUCAUUUUGUGCUGUUAACACAUUAAACAUUGUUUAUAUUUAUAUGUUUUAAUACAGCUGAUUUUGGAAUGCUUUGGCAAUUUCUGCACUGAAUUAAAGUCUUUAUAUCAGGCUAACAGUUUAAAAGUUGUCACAUGGUGUAUUAUCUAUUUACAGUUUCUAAUGUAAACUGUUGCUGAAUGUUCAGCUGUUUCAAUAAAAUCUUAUUUUUUUAAUGUA